GGAAAUGAGUCUCGCGCGACGCGAAACGACGCGAAUCGUGAAGUCUGAAUCGUGUGUCGCUCAAGCGGAAUAGUAAUUGUGUUUGCAAUUGGAUUUGCGUAGAUCUGUAUUGUAGUUAAUGGAUCUCCGUCGUCGCGUUAAUGCAUUUGCGGACUGUUACACUAACGCAGCUAUGUUGGCCGGAAAUUAUGAUUAAUCACGAUACGAAUAAUAAUAACCAUAAUGACAAUAACAAUAGUCGAGUAAAAAUUUAAUACAUGAGGAUACAUAACCGAAGAAAUUUGAAUUGGAGUAUUCAUGUAUGAUAAAAAAGUAUCGCAAUCAGAUAUCGGGAACGAGAUUUCAUGACGUGUUCUCGAGUGGCUUAUUCAUUCAAGCGGAAAUUCAGGGCGAUGAAUCCGCGGGUUCCGGCUGCUCGCGAUCUUCGGGUCGCCGUUGCGUGAACGAUCGCAAUGUCGCCGUGAGAUCUGCUCGAUGGAGGAUCGUAGGAAGGAUCAGGAGAGAGGGGAAUGUCGGUCACUGGGCCUCUCCUCUCAACGAUGACUACUCGGUGCCACGCUCGUGCCCCGAGGCCGCGUAGGAAGGGCAUCGUUCGUAUGAAGAUUUCCCUACUUCUUCUCCAUUGUUCAUCUUUCUCUCUACGCCAUUCGUUCUUUAACAUUCCUCGUGUUUCCAUCGUCUUUCUUCGCGAAUGCAAUGUCUCAGGACAUCCGAAAGUAUGCAGGAUAGAAGCGUCACAAAAGCGUGCGUUUGCGUAUCGUCGCGCGAGUUUCCACGCCGGCGCGGUGCGACUCGGCCGAGUACCGCGAGUACCGUAAAGGUGAAUAAGCGGGUCGCACGAGGAUUGGAUUCCUCGCCUACCAGAGAGCUCGGAUCACAUUAUUAAUUUUCAACACGUGCGCACUGGAAUUAAACGAUUGACGAUUUAUUGGACAAGAGAGGAAAAGAGAGGCACAACACAUCGAAUAAACGGCAUCGUAGGAGACGAGAAAAAAAAGAUAUAGCGGCCGGCUCAAAAAUUACUUGAUGCGCUGAGGAUGCGCCGUGAUUUCUGCAACGGUGGGCUUGCCUGCGCCGUUGUGUGGGUGUCGUCGACCUGCCUGCUCCUCGUUCUCUCGUUGUCGUCAUCGAUCACCGCAGAACGAUUGCUGAAGCCCGUCGGUCGAUGUCCGUCCUUCGACGAACAGAAUGUGUGUCCAUCGCGGUCGCCGGCUUGCGAGAAUGAUUUUCAGUGCCAGAGAAACGCGCCGGAGGAACGCUGCUGCAGGACCGCGUGCGGCUUCCGAUGCGUUGCAGGCCAACUGACCGGAUGCGAGCAAUUAGCACUGGCAGCCGUGAGGCGAUCGCGGGCCCUCGGUGUCGAAGGCCUGUCGCAAUUCGUGCCACGAUGCAACAAUGAGACCGGCGAAUUCGAGAAGAUACAGUGUGAUCCGCAAAGACGCGACUGCUGGUGCGUCGACGCGAUCGGCGCCGAAAUCCCCGGUACCAGGGCACCCAACAAGGAUAACGUCAACUGUAACAAGCCCCGCGUUUGUCCCGCUCACAGUUGUCGUAUGUUCUGUCCCUUGGGAUUCGAGAUCAACGAGAAUACUGGCUGUCCCAAGUGCGAGUGCCGAGAUCCUUGUCGCGGUGUCACUUGUCCGGGAAGCGGACAGACCUGCGAGCUGAUCGAGAUGAAUUGUGCACGCCCGCCAUGUCCUCCGCUGCCCAGUUGUCGGAAGGCCAAGUCUCUGUUGACGAUCUGUCCAACAGGAGAACCUUUACAAAUCACCGAUUCGCCACGGCCGUUCCUCUGUGGCGACACACCGGGUAAGCCGACCUGUCCACCGAUGUACAGCUGCCUGGUGGAGCCUGGACAAGAAUACGGGGUUUGUUGUCCGUCGAGCGUAAAUUUGCAACGAGCCGGCUCGUGUCCCGUGGAGGAGCCCGCAAACUCAGCCUGCGCACCUAGCUGCCGCUACGAUCUCGAGUGCCCUGGACCCCAAAAGUGUUGCAGCAGCGAGCGUUGCGGCGGCAACGUGUGCGCGAUACCCCAAGGCCUCAGUGUAUGCCAUCGUGACCGCAUGCUCGCCGAGAUGCUCAGCAUCUCCGAGCGCCAGGGUCGCGGUUACGUUCCGCAGUGUACGGAAGAUGGAGGUUUCGAGACGAGACAGUGUUCAAGGAACGGUCUUGUUUGCUGGUGCGUGGACGACGAGGGUAGAAAGAUAUCCGGUUCCAUGGGUCCCUCCGAGAAGAUUGACUGUAGAUCGAUAAGUAAGGCGCGCUCGCUUCCGGCGUCUUGCACCCCUCAGCAGUGCGCUCAAGUUUGCCAGUACGGUUUCAAAACGGAUGCCUUCGGUUGUCCAACUUGCGAAUGCGACGAUCCGUGCGAAGGAUUUCCUUGCCCCGAAGGACAAGAAUGUAUUCUAAAGCGGGAGGACGGCUGCCCAGAUUUUCUCUGUCCAACGAAGCCGGAAUGUAAAUCCAGGAAGACUUAUAAAAGUCCUUGUCUUUUUGGUACGCCGCUGAUUGAUCAAAAUGGAAAUGCUGCGACUUGCUCUGCUAACGAAACUUGUCCCGACAAUUACAAGUGCACGAUGGUAUCAGAAGCCGGUCAGUCGGUGUGCUGUGUGGAAACAUCAAGCCCCGCAAAGGCACCUACAAUGUGCGAAUAUCUUCGAGAUUUUAAUGGUCGCAUGGAAGGUACGAGAGAGGGAAUGUUUCUGGCGAUCCCGGCGCCUCAGUGCGAGCAGGAUGGUAGCUUCAAGUCUCUGCAGUGUCACAAUAGUACAGAUUGUAAAUGCGUGAACCAUCGCGGCGUGAUCCUGAAGACCGGAGUAGGCCCUGCUGACUCAGCCGAUUGUAACGCCAUCAAAGAAUUCACGCGAAUCUGCAAGCAUCUAUAUUGCAACUUGAUCUGUCCAUAUGGCUACGAGGUUGACGAAGCCGGUUGCGAGCAAUGUCGUUGUCACGAGCCAUGCCGCGAUAUCAUUUGCGACUCGCAAGAGACCUGCACUAUGAUCGACGUGAAUUGUGGUCCGGAUCAGUAUUGUCCGGCGGUACCGGCUUGCUUGACGACAAAGCCCGGACAGUGCCCAUACCUUGUACCAAGUUCGUCGAGCUGCGAGCUGCAGUGUAGCAAUGAUCAGGAAUGUCCGUCUGGAGACAAAUGCUGCUCGACUGGCUGUGGCACGCAAUGCGUAGCGCCCGUCAUGGCCACGGCCUGCCAGCAUGCCCGUGCGGUUGCCGAACAUGCCGCCAGAGAAUCGGGUGAGCCCGCUAGAAGAAUCUAUAUACCUAGAUGCGAUGCUGACGGCGCUUUCGAGCCGGUUCAAUGUCACAAUGGCGUAUGCUGGUGUGUGGACGAAGAGGGCAAAGAAGCAGCGGGCACCCGAGUUCUCGAAGGAAUUGUGCCACGUUGUAAUACGCCUUUCAGAUGUCCAGAGAUUGACUGCAAGCUUGAUUGCCCGGAUGGUUUCGAGCUGGACGCUGAUACUGGCUGUCCAACGUGCUUGUGCCGCGAUCCAUGUCGCAGCGUCAUAUGCCGCGGCGAAAAUGAAGCGUGUAGAAUGGUUGAAGUGGCGUGUAGCGCGCCGCCAUGUCCUCCUGUGCCCGUUUGCCUGCCGAAGAAGGAUAAUCCAUGCCCCAACGGCUCACCGUUGAUCGAGCAGAACGGCUCGAUCGCUACUUGCGGCCCUCACGGUCAUCAUUGCCCUUCGACGCACAAGUGUGAGCUGUCGCCGCUGGAUGAAUACGCAGUAUGUUGUCCAAAACCGCGUGAUGUAUGCUUUGAGCCACCGAGACGAGUACCAUGCAAUUCUGGUGCGGGUUUCAACGAGACCGAAAGGUGGUUCUUUGAUCCGGAACGGAACGAGUGUCGGCAAAAGCACGAGUGCACCCUUGGCCACAACGAUUUCUCCAGCCGGCUAGUAUGCGAUACCGUGUGCCCCGUCUUAUCACAAUGCGAGAGGUUGCGCGAAAAGAAUCUCAAGAGAUCGCAGAGGCUUAAGCAAUCCACGUUCUUACCUAAGUGCAAUCCCGACAGUGGGACGUGGGAACCCGUGCAAUGUCUGGAGCACGUUGGUGUUUGCUGGUGCGUUAAUCGCAAGGGCCAGCCGAUUAAAGGUUCGCUCAUCAGGGACGCCGAACCAAAAUGUAAUUUCCGGCAAGCUAGACGAGGCCGAGGACCACAAGAAGUAGAUCAUGAGAUUGAAGCGAUCAUGGAGAACACUUUGCUGGACUUGGAGAUGGACGAGCGCCAAGCGGGGAAGAUUCUCGGGACCAGGUGUCAAGCGAUGAAAGACAAAGGUCACGUGCCGAUAAUAUGCGAUUCGCAGGGUAGAUUCGAGCCUACACAGUGCGCCGGUGAUACUUGUUGGUGCGUCGAUGAAGCCGGUAAUCAGCUGAUCGGUUCUGAGCCGUUUUUGAAAGGAACGAGCAUUUGCCUGCCUACACCAGUCGAAGCCGUCGAAGUGACAUUACGUUUCCCUGGUCGAUUCCUCGCCGCAGAUGAGGCACGAUUCACCGAAAAGGCCGAGGAUCUUCUACACGAGCUCGGCGCGAUGCUCCGGAAAGGCGUACGAGUGGAAAUUAAUCAAGACUCGGCGAUCCUAAGCUUCGAGAUUGUCGGCGCGAAUAAAGUGGAUGUGGCAUUCCAUCUGGAGGAACUCACGCGAAUCCAGCAGUUAUCCAUGCUGGGUUCAUCCGCGGACGCGACGACUUCGCGCUUCACGCAUCGCUCCACUCCCAUGGCGAUGCAGAGUCGGAUUGUAGCAUUGGAGCAGCGCGAAAUUCUGACGCAAGUGGAAACGCCGGUCUAUCAAACGGCCACCCUCGUGCUUGCGGCGGGAAGCGCCUUCAUUAUUAGCAGCCUCGUCAUUCUGCUGAUGCUCUAUCGUAAAAAGAUGAAAAUGAAGGAUCCCACGAAGAUGCUCCCCGUAGACCAACACUUUCUCGCUUAUAGCCAGCAGCCGGUUUAUGUAAUAUCGGGGACGGAGCAAGAUGAGAAGGAGAAGGAAGCUGCUGCACAACAGAUGUUGAAGGAUAUUGAUACAUCGGAUACCAUUGUUGAAGCAUAAAGCGAUUUGAUGUUCUUUUCAUGUCGAUCGUUUCCGCCUUGUACGAUUGUGAUUCCUUAAUUUCUGUCUCCGGAAGGUUUUAAAAAAUCAAUUUAUAGGAAAUAUAAUGUAAUAUAUAUGGGUGCAGGGUUAUCAAUUUCUAAAUCCUUCGAAACGCGCGCGUUAAUUUAAACUUUUUAAGUAGUUGCGCGAUAAUCGUGAUUUAUCUUUAAUCAACUUCAUUGAGUCUCUCUGUCUCUAUCACAAUCUUUUUAUAUAAUCGAAUAAAAAAAUAAAAUGCAAAUAAUAUGCAAUAAUAUGCAUAUUGACUUUAUCUUUCUCUCUCUUUCUCACAUACACACACAAUAUAUUACAUGAGAUUGUUUUUUUCAAUUAUAAUAAUAUAUUCAGAGAAAGAGAGAAAAAGGGCGAAUCUAGCGUAUAUAUAUGACAGACAGAGACUCAAGAAUUAUAAUAGCAUAGCACGAGACGCGAAUCACUGUCGUACACGGUAUAAUACAUAUGUAGUCAAAGCCGCGUCAUGUACAUUCCACUGUCAUUUUCGUGCUAUAAUUUAUUGUCCACACAUUGAGAUUAUUAAUAUAGUCUACGAACUCGACGAUCCACCGGAUGCACUGCAUAGCAUUUUUUUGAAGAUUUGGUAUUAAUCUAUUUAAUAAUAAAAAAAACAUGUAUGUAUACAUACAUGUAUUUAAUUCGAAAUAUCAUUCGCUAUAAAUUUAUUCCAACAAUUCUGGUAUAAAAGACUCAUAAUUAAAGUUAUAUCAUUCGUCUUUUUUAAAGUGACAUAUAUGAAAUAACAAUUUUUUUAUCCAUGAACAAUGAGUUUGCCGAUGGACGAUAAAUGAUUACAAAUCGAUCGUCGAGAAACUAGACUGUUUUUAGGAAUCAUUUCAUCAUUCUCGCCAGUUUUCUUCAUCGAUAUGGAAGUCACUAACGUAAAGAUGUCCCGGCUUGCAAAUCAUGAAGACUGGGAUGUCAUUGCGUUAAUACGUUGCGCGGAUGUAAAUAUUAGAUUUGUGUCCAAUUAUUUAUAAAGACGAAUAAAGAUUGAAACUCUCA